AUGCCUUUUGGGUUGAAGAAUGCAAGGUCUACUUACCAGAGGAUGAUGACUAGAAUGUUUGAAUCCCAGCUUGGUAAGAAUAUUGAGGUCUACAUUGAUGAUAUGGUUGUGAAAAGCAAGGUGGUGACCAAGCAUUUGAGGGACCUCAAAAGUGUCUUUGAAGUGUUGAGGAAGCAUAAAUUGUGUCGCAAUGCUUCGAAACAAGAUCUUCCUCAGGUCAUACUUGUUGAGGAUUUAAAUAGGCCUGUCGAGGAGGAGAAGGAGAAUGUCCAGGAACAAGGGAAUAGGCAAGCUGAAGCAGUCAACAAAGUCAUAGUUAAUGCACUUAAGAAGAGGUUCGAUGAAGUAAAGUGUAGAUGGGUUGAAGAGCUACCACAUGUUCUUUGGACAUAUCAGACGACUCCUCGUCGAUCAACUGGGGAAACUCCAUUUUCAAUGACAUAUGGGUUUGAGGCUAUGAUCCCUUUGAAGACUGGGUUUCCAAUGUUAAGGACAAGAUUGUUCUCCCCAGACAAUAAUGAUCAAUUGUUGGAAAGAAGUUUGGAUUUGGUUGAUGAACAAAGAGAAGCAACUAUGGUACAACUGGUACAUUAUCAACAAAAGCUUAAGCAAGAGUAUGAUACAGGUGUGAGGGUAAGACCAUUGGCACCAGGUGAUUUAGUAUUAAGGAAAGUAGUGGGAACUGCAAAGAACUCAUCUUGGGGAAAAUUAAGACCCAAUUGGGAGAGGCCACAUCGCAUCACCUCGGUAGUUGGUAUAUGA